GUGCAUGAGCUUGAGAGUGAGGUUGAAGCUGAACAAAGACGUGGAGGCGAUGCUAUUAAAGUUUUCCGCAAAUAUGAGGGAAGAGUCAAGGAGCUCACCUACCAGGUAUCUAAUCUUUAUAUUCACGAUAUCCAUCACUGUAGAUACAGUAUAUAGGGCUUUGAAUAUUGUGUCUCGAGAAGCAUUAUUGAGAUUGUCUAUAAUGCCUACAGACUGAGGAUAAGAAGAAUGUGAACAGGCUCCAGGUUCUGGUGGACAAGCUGCAGCUCAAAGUGAAGGCCUACAAGAGACAGGCUGAGGAGGCUUCCUCACCUGUCCAGGUACAGGAAGGUGCAGCAUGAGCUGGAGGAAGCUCAGGAGUGUGCUGACAUCGUUGAGUCCCAGAUCAACAAGCUGUGA